AUGGUUAAGACUUGUAACUUGAUAUCAAUUGCGAUCUUUGUGCUCUUUGCGUCGUCCGUCACUGUUACUGGCAGGCCACUAACGGACGCCGACACGGCCGUAGUAAAAAGAGAUGAUGGGGCUGUCAAUGCAGAUCGAGUGACAGAAAUCGGUAAUAUCUGCGUUGGAAAGAACUUUGACGGUCAACCGUCGGAAUUGUGUCCCGGUAAGUUUAAUACCGACCAUAAACCACAGAAGCGCAUCAACAUGGUCAAGCGAUCAUUAUCGGAUCGAGAAACAGAUAGGAUUGCGUCUGAAGGUCGAGCGAUUGUUGAGCGUGCUUUCAGCGGGACCAUUGAUGGUCUUAGAGGACCAUCGGACAAUGAAAUUUGUGUAAAUACGGUAGAUGGCGUGAAAUGCAUGCCAAGGUACGGAGCUAAUCACUAG